AUGCCAGGCAGAAACCACACUGUAGUGACAUAUUUCAUCCUCCUGGGAUUCUCCAAUCUCUUGGAGAUGCAGGUGUUGCUCUUUGUGCUGGUGCUGACCUCCUUCACUAUCACACUGAUGGGGAACAUGCUCAUCACAGCACUGGACCGGACCCUCCACACCCCCAUGUAUUUCUUCCUCUGGAACCUGUCUUUCCUGGAGAUCUGCUACACCUUAAUCACCAUCCCCAAGAUGCUGGCCAACCUGCUUGCGGAGAAGAAGAGUAUUUCCUUCAUUGGCUGCACCACUCAGCUGUAUUUCUAUCUCUUCUUCACCACAGCAGAGUGCUACCUCCUGGCAGCCAUGGCUUAUGACCGCUACGUGGCCAUCUCCCACCCACUAUGUUACACCACCAUCAUGAGCAACGGAGUCUGUGUUCUGCUGGUGGCCAGGUCCUAUGUCGCCGGCAUCCCCGUCUCCUUUGGGCAGACCACACUGAUAUUCAGUCUGCCCUUCUGUGGGCCCAAGGAGAUACACCACUUCUUCUGCGACAUCCCCCCUCUGCUGAGGCUGGCCUGCGCUGACACCUACCUGAACGAGACCAUGGCAGACAGAGACUGGGGAAACCAAACGGCCAUCACAGAAUUCAUCCUCCUGGGAUUCGGAGAUCUCCCUGAGCUGCAAAUUCUUCUCUUCCUGCUGUUUCUAGUGAUUUACAUGGCAACUGUGGCCGGAAACACCCUCAUGGUUGUGCUAGUUGUGGCUGAUCAGCACCUUCACACCCCCAUGUACUUCUUCCUGGGGAACCUGUCUUGCUUGGAGAUCUGCUACACCUCCACCAUCCUCCCCAGGAUACUGGCCAGUCUCCUGACUGGGGACAAAACUAUCUCAGUCAGUGGCUGCAUCGCACAACUGUACUUCUUUGGUGGUCUGGUAGGUACGGAAUGCUAUCUGCUAGCAGUGAUGUCUUAUGAUCGGUAUUUAGCGAUAUGUAAACCCCUGCACUAUUCAGCUCUGAUGAAUGCCAGGUUUUGCCUCCAGUUGGCUGCGGGGUCAUGGUUCAAUGGUUGUUUGGCUAUUACCAUUGUUAUAUUACUCAUGUCACAGUUCAUAUUCUGUGGCCCAAAUGAAAUUGACCAUUUGUAUUGUGAUCCCAUCCCACUGAUUAAACUUUCCUGUGGGGACACGCUCCUGAUCAUGUUGUUGAAUUUCAUCCUAGCCUGUGUAUUCACUCUGCCUCCGUUCCUGUUAACCCUGACAUCCUACGUGUGCAUCAUCACCACCAUCCUGAGAAUCCCUUCCACCACUGGGAGGCACAAAGCCUUUUCCACCUGCUCCUCCCACCUCAUUGUGGUAACAAUUUUCUAUGGAACCCUAAUGAGUGUCUCCAUGUUACCAACACUCAAUACACUGAGAGUGCUAAAGAAAGUGCUCUCUCUUUGCUACACCGUCCUGACUCCCCUGGUGAACCCCCUCAUCUACAGCCUGAGAAACAGAGAGGUAAGGGAAGCCUUGAGCAAAGCACUCAGUCAAUAUGUGGCUUUCAAAAAAACAUGCAGAGACUCCUAG